CUGGCGGCCGCCUGCAGCCGCUGCAGGACGGGGAAGUGUUUCGGAAGUGGACACGGCAGGGCAGAGAAGGAAUCGAAGAAAAGGGCGGAGGAAAGGGAGCCACCGAGGGAAUUGAGAAAAUGACAAACCGCCGUGACUUUUAGCGCCGAGCCGACUCGAUGCAUUAAACUUUCAUCACACUGCGGGACUUUACGGACACUUGGAAGCUGCUUCACAUCCAGCGAACGAGCGGAAGUAUCCUGCUCUCUUCCUGCUGGCCUGUUUGCUCGGAUUGUAGCUCCAGGGAAAAGGGAAGGAAAACCCACCUAAAGCCCUAGCGUCCAUCAGAGGAGUUCGUCUCGACAGCAUUGGGGAGCUGCUGCAGGGGCCAUGCAUUGGGGGUGAGGGGGACUCGCUUCGGGGGACAAACACAGCGUCGGGCGACGAGGAGGCCGGGGCCGGUCGGCGUGGAGAUGAAGCUCAAACAGCGCAUGGUGGUGCUGUGUGCCGUGCUCCUCCUGCUGGGCCUGGCCAAGAUCUUCCUGCUGGAUGGAGGUGAAGGAUCUGCAGCCAGCCGACGGGACCUCAGAGCGUUUCGCAAGAUGGAAGCCGGUCUCUCUCUGUCUCGGGGAGCUCGCCUCACCCACACCCUCCAGUCUCCAUGGGAGAUAGCGAGCCAGUGGGUGGGCCCCAGAGAAGUGUACCCUGAGGAGACCCCAGAGCUGGCUGCUGUGCUCACAUCCCUGAGCUCUGCCAGGAUAGAACGGGCCGACGUGGGCUACAAGGGCACACAGCUCAAAGCCCUGCUGGUGCUGGACGGAGGACAGAAAGUCGUCUUCAAACCCAAGAGAUACAACAGAAACUACGUGGUGGAAGGGGAGCCGUAUGCAGGCUACGACAGACACAACGCAGAGGUGGCUGCUUUUCACCUGGACAGGAUCCUUGGGUUUAGGAGAGCGCCUCUGGUUGUGGGUCGAAAUGUCAACCUGAGAACAGAGAUCAAGCCUGUGGCCACGGACCAGCUGUUGGGCACUUUCCUCAUGCAGGGUAAUAACACAUGUUUCUAUGGAAAGUGUUACUACUGCCGGGAAAGUGAACCAGCAUGUGCAGAGGGGGAGAUCAUGGAGGGCUCUUUAACCCUUUGGCUGCCAGACGUCUGGCCGUUGCAGAAACACAGACAUCCGUGGGGACGAACAUACCGAGAAGGCAAACUGGCCAGGUGGGAGUAUGAUGAAAGCUACUGCGAGGCGGUGAAGAAAAUGCCUCCAUACGACGCAGGACCGAGGCUGCUGGACGUCAUCGACACGGCCAUCUUUGAUUAUCUCAUCGGUAACGCCGAUCGACAUCACUACGAGAGCUUCCAGGAUGACGGAGGCGCCAGCAUGCUCAUCCUGCUCGACAACGCAAAGAGCUUUGGGAACGCGGCUUUGGAUGAGCGAAGUAUCCUCGCACCACUCUAUCAGUGCUGCAUGAUCCGUGUGUCCACUUGGAACAGGUUGAACCUACUGAGAAGUGGAGCUCUGAGUGCAGCCAUGCGACAGGCUCUGGCGUUCGAUCCUAUCCAUCCGGUGCUGUCUGAGACGCACCUGGCAGCCCUGGACAGGCGUCUGUCUGGAGUCAUAGCGACUGUAAAGCAGUGCAUGGAGGCGCAGGGCCCUGACAACACUCUAAUAGAGGACCGAAUGAACCUCCCACAUCCCUGAGAUGAAGGAAGGAGAUAGUGAUAAAAGAGCUAGGAAUUUCCUCCGCAGGCCUGGAAAGGAGGAGGCGAGUGACCAAACAGAUCAGGUUCUAAAGGAAAUGGAGAGUGAGGAAAAGAACCGACAGGGUGGAACAAAGACUACAUUUCUUUUUGUCAAGACUCGAGUGGUUCUCUAAAAGAAAAUACAGGAUUUGAAGAGUUAAAACUUUGUCACCUUUGACUUUGUGAACUUUUUCUCAGGACUGUUGUGCACUAAAGGACAGUUUCUGCUGUAAGAACUCCUCCAUCUACUACUACUGGUUUUGAUGAUACUCCGGCCUUUUGCCAAAUCCUCCCUCCAGUUUUUCCAUAGGAGUCAGGAUAAAGCUCGGAGAGAUAAACACUCUCAAGGAAGGAGGAAAGGUUAAAAUGAGCCACCGAUUGAUGCUGCACAGCUGUGUUUCAGGCUGUUUGGAGCUUGCAGUCCAAGAAACUAAAAUUGAAUUUAUUUAGGACCUGAGAACUUUUUUUUCGCCAUGAAUUUAAAUUUACCUUUGGAAGGAAAAGAGAAUUGACUCUGCCGCAUCAGUAUGUACAUAUUUAACUACGUAGUGACAUAGAAUUAUGAGAAGAAAGAAUAUAAAUUUGCGGAUUAUAAUAAUAAACCUAAAAGUGUGUGUGUGGGUGAGUGUGUGUGCGUGGACGAGUACCAUAUUGUGCCGUAAUUACAAAAGCUACUGACACGACAGACUUGAAGCGAGGGGUAACAGAUGUUGGGAGCGUGGGUUUAUCUUCAGCAUUAAACUAUGAUCUAUUUAA